AGGCACUGGCUGCUUGCUCAUACUGAUUUUUCUGGUGUUAACAUUCUUAAAAAGCCUGGGCAAUAGUCACGAGAUAGUGUCUUCUUCAUUAGAACCUUACAGUAACACGCCAUUAGAUUUCUUUUUCUGUUUGUUGCAGUAAUAACACCGUCUUGAGAAAUAAUAGCUAGCACAGUAUCUUAGAAGGAGAAGAAUGUAGGAUGCUAGUGUGGGGACAAAUUUCUAACUGCCAGUGAUUGUUGUGAGUAUCACAAUAUUUUCCUAAACAUUAAAGCCUCUAUCAAAGGUAGCUACAGUCAUAAAGAAAAAAAAUUCUUCAAACAUUAAAACUGCAUUAGUGUACAUCAUAAAGUCAACAAAAAAACGAAAAACACUUAAAAAAACACAGCAAGGGAAGCAGCUGAUCCUUAGAAAGGCACGCCGUUGCUUAUUAUGAAGCAUUUAUAGAGUUGGAUGCAUUUUCAAAGCUGCUUGUAGUCAUUCCACAGCAUACUCUUGUGAGGUAAGUGUAUUAUCACCUUUGGUUCAUAAAUGAAAAAGCUGAGGCACUAAUUGCUUAAGUCCCUAGCCUAAGGACAAUGAGUCAACGUGAAGAGUCGUAGUUGACCCGCCUAACGACUCCUGACGGUCAGUCCAGGGCUUAGUCAGCGGGGCCUGGAGUGCUUCCCUGGCUGACACCUGGACUAGGCUAUUUCCAUUCAUGUUAAGGCAGAAUAAUGGAACCGAGAAGACAGAGCUUCCAACUAAUUUUGACUUCCACUAAGGAUUUAGCCCUGAGGUCUUAAUCUCAGGAUUUAGGGCACGAACAGCUGUAGGGUGCACUCCCCCUCCCCCCAAUCAGUGGCAAGUGGGUACUGUGGGCGGUUCCGUCUACCCCCUUUUGCAGUGAUGGCAAAAAACGCUCACCAGCGUUAGCAGAGCCGGGGACGUGGGAGGUUGAUUGCUUAAAUAAGGACUUUCCAUUGCCGCUUCUUUUUGAAAUUAAGAGAAAAUGGUGGGAGGUCAAAAGAAAACGAAAUAAACACACAAGCAACUUGUCCUAGGACCUCAACUAAACAAAUUAAGCCUUAUUGUGUGUGUUGAGCCUGCAGUUCCAACUUUCAGGGGAAGAUGGGAGGACAGGGCGACAAAGGGCACAGUAGGCAUGCCUGGCAGUAAGUGCGACAGCAGCUAUCCAGGCGGAAGAACAGGGUACUGAAAACCGCACGCGAGGGUCCGCCGCGCCAAGAACAGCGCACCCUAAGCCAUCGACCACAUGACCAGCCUUUUUUAAAAAAAAAAUAUACUUCUUUGACCUUAAAAAAAAAAAAAAGAAAAAGGGAGGGGGAGACUCCACUUCCCAGAAGCCUCUCGUUAUUCACGCAGCCGCAGUCUUGCGCAGGCGCCGCCAGGGCUAAACGGACACGUCCGUCACGUGGACAGUAGCCGGCCAAUCCGGUUUGAAUCUCAUUUUUUUUCCUUUCACCCCCCCUUCAGGAGCGGUUGUGCGAUCAGAUCGAUCUAAGAUGGCGACUGUGGAACCGGAAACCAGCCCUACUCCUAAUCCCCUGCCUACAGAAGAAGAGAAAACCGAAUCUAAUCAGGAGAUUGCUAACCCAGAACACUAUAUUAAACAUCCACUACAGAACAGAUGGGCACUCUGGUUUUUUAAAAAUGAUAAAAGCAAAACUUGGCAAGCAAACCUUCGGCUCAUCUCUAAGUUUGAUACUGUUGAAGAUUUUUGGGCUCUGUACAACCAUAUCCAGUUGUCUAGUAAUUUAAUGCCUGGCUGUGACUACUCACUUUUUAAGGAUGGUAUUGAACCCAUGUGGGAAGAUGAGAAAAACAAACGGGGAGGACGAUGGCUAAUUACAUUGAACAAACAGCAGAGACGAAGUGACCUCGAUCGCUUUUGGCUUGAGACACUGCUGUGCCUUAUUGGAGAAUCUUUUGAUGACUACAGUGAUGAUGUAUGUGGAGCUGUUGUCAAUGUUAGAGCUAAAGGUGAUAAAAUAGCAAUAUGGACUACUGAAUGUGAAAACAGAGAUGCUGUUACACAUAUAGGGAGGGUAUACAAGGAAAGGUUAGGACUUCCUCCAAAGAUAGUGAUUGGUUAUCAGUCCCAUGCAGACACAGCUACUAAGAGCGGCUCCACCACUAAAAAUAGGUUUGUUGUUUAAGAAGACACCUUCUGAGUAUUCUCAUAGGAGACUGCGUCAAGCAAUCGAGAUUUGGGAGCUGAACCAAAGCCUCUUCAAAAGCAGAGUGGACUGCAUUUAAAUUUGAUUUCCAUCUAAAUGUUGCUAAGAUAUAAGAGAAGUCUCAAUCGCCUUUGUCUUGUACUUCUGUGUUCAUUUUUUUUUUUUUUAAUUUUGGCUAGAGUAUCUACUAUCCCAAUCAAAGAAUUACAGUACACAUCAUCCCCAGAAUCCAUAAAUGUGUUCCUGGCCCACUCUGUAAUAGCUUAGUAGAAUUCACAUUACAAAACAUUUACUCAUCCACAAUAUUCAAAAAAGAACUUGCAUUUCUAUACCUUACAGGAAAAAAAAUUUGUUUCUGUACCAUUGUAUGCAGGAGCAUAUUUUGCUGGUUUGAAAGAGUAUGAUGCAUACAGUUUUCUAGCAAUUUUCUUUGUUUCUUUUUACAGCAUUGUUUUUGCUGUACUCUUGCUGAUGGCGGCUAGAUUUUAAUUUAUUUGUUCCCUACUUGAUAACAUUAGUGAUUCUGAUUUCAGUUUUUCAUUUUGUUUUGCUUUUGUUUUUUUUCCUCAUGUAACUUUGGUGAAGGAUCCAGGAAUAUGACACAGAGGUGGAAUAAACAUUAAUUUUGUGC